GUCCAUCCACCCGUGGACACGGUUCCUCAAGGCCCAUGGGGCCUUGGCCGUGCAUUCUCCUCCUGGGACUGCUGCUGCUACCAGGCUGGGGGACUGCUCAGGCAUUUGGUUCUACAGAGAACUCAACAGAAGAGGAUCAUUGGCCAAGGUUGGUGAUAUCAAGGAACUUGCCAUUCUCAUGCGAUCCGAAGAUGUUAAGAUCCAACAUAUCUUCUUCAUCAGUCCAUACUCUGAGACCUUCAGAUAUUAGAUUUGUGGCUUCCAUUGGCAUCAAGGAAACUUUCCCCGCCUUGAUCACUGCUGAUGUCAUGGAGCAGCUGCAGAGGGCUGAGAAAAUGUCCCAGGAAGUGUGCCUGGGAGUGGGGACAGUCCUCUCAGGCAUCAUCAGAUCCUUCAGUUCCACUGUGCUGAGUCAUGUGUGCACCCCCAAGAGGAAAGUGGUACCCCAGUCUGGUCCUGAACACUUGUGGGCUCAGACUACAGAUCUGGUGAAGAUCAUGAGAGAGAACCCGAAACUUGACUUUGAAAAUGACUGGAAGCUAAUCAAUGUGUUCAUCAGCAAUGUGAAUGAGUGUUACCUGUGUCCACUCACUGGGCAGCACAGCAUCCUGACAAGGACCAUGGACAAGCUGGCUGCAACCCUAGACUUUCUGUAUGAGGAGGUCCCCAGAACCUUUGUGAAUCUGGUGGAUCUGACUGAGAUUCUGGAAUUUUCUGCCUUCUCUGAGGCAAGGACUCCGGGCAGAGACAACACAGAGUCAUGUAGGUGUUCAGAGGAGACCGUCCUGUCCAGGGCUGUGGCACGGUGGUCCUACCAGGAUACCUGGGAAAAGAUGCUGAUCUCCAGCAGGUACAACCGGAAGGAGUCCUUUGCUCUGGUGUUACAGCCCUUCUUUUAUGAGGCAGAGCAGUUCUUUUUCUUGAAGGAGCAGCCCCUGCAGGACCCCACAGCCCUGGGUUUGCACCUCUGGAACAUUAUGAUGGAGCCAACAGGACACAAAGAUACGCCGUACAGUAUGAGAGAGAGGAGGCCGGUGAAAUGUCCCCCUAAGGAACAUCCCUAUCUGUUCACCUACAGGAACAGCAACUACCAAUCCUGGUUGUCAAAACCCCACUAUGAUGCUAAGGGACAAGAUGUACUGUUCAUAUGCACUUACAACCCUCCGUCCCCGACGAACCCUUUAUCAGUUCACAGACUGAAGCCGGCUGACAUCAAGGUAGUUGCAGCUGUAGGUGAUGCUUUCACGGCAGCAAAUGGGGCUGGGUCCAGACCUCUGGAUUUCACGGAUGUCAUGACUGAGUAUCGAGGCUUGUCGUGGAGCAUUGGUGGAGAUAGGAGCCUGAGGACCAUCAUUACUCUGCCCAAUAUUCUCCGGCAAUUCAACUCUCACCUGAAGGGCUACUCUGUUGGUACAGGAAAAGAGACCACUGAUGGAGCCUGGCUAAACCAGGCUGUUUCAAAAGCCUUCUCGGGGGAUUUGUCUAACCAGAUCAGGGAGCUUAUAAGAAUGAUGAAAACUGAUAAGAGGAUAAAUUAUAAUGAAGAUUGGAAAUUAUUAACCAUGUUUAUAGGAAACAGUGAUCUCUGUGAUUUCUGCAAUGACCAGGUCACACAUUCUCCUGUGGCCUUCCGUCGCAACAUUCAACGUGCUCUGGACAUCCUCCAUGCUGAGGUGCCUCGGAUGUUUGUGAAUAUGGUUUUACCCAUGGAGUUAAUUGGCUUGAGGGAGCUAUCCCAGGAUAAAAGACUCUCUUGCAAUGUUCCCUUCCUCAGGCGUAUAUGUCCCUGUCUCAUGUUGUUUUCUGAUGGUGACCCACAACUUGCUCGCCUUGCUGAAGUGAACAAGGAGUAUCAGGUGCAGGUUGAGCAGUUAGUGGAGAGCGGACGCUAUGACAAAAGGGAUGACUUCACUGUGGUCCUACAGCCGUUCUUUGAAAGGUUGGAAGUGCCCCGCACUAAGGAAGGGUUGCUUGACUUAACUUACUUUGCCCCUGACUGUUUCCACUUCAGUCAGAAGACUCAUGGCCACAUAGCCAGUGCCCUCUGGAACAACAUGGCCGGCAAUGGACUUGGCUCUGAACCAGACAACAUUCUUGCUUUCACCGUAGACUAUCGGGGACUGUCAUUUAGUGGUGGAGGGGACGGCUCGCUGGAUAAUGUGACCACCUUACCAAAUAUUCUUCGAAAGUUCAACAGUAAACUCACAGGCUAUGGCACUUGCACCGGUGAUGCCCAAAGCAUUAGUGCGUCCUUCAAUCAGGCUGUUCCUAGAGCAAAGGCUAAGGAUUUGUUAAAGCAAGCCACUGCUCUGGUGGAAAGAAUGGAAAACAACACGGAAAUUAAUUUCAAUGAAGACUGGAAACUCAUCACAGUGAUGAUUGGAAACAAUGAUUUGUGUGAUUCCUGCAAGAAUAAGGUGCCCAGAGCCAUGGUCAAUCUGGUGGACUUCAUGGACCCCGAAUUCCUAAGGCUGUCAUUCCAAAGGACCUUGAAGUGUGUCAAGCCACGUGCCAGCUAUGCUUGUGACUGCGUUCUGAGUCCAAAAACGAGUUCCUCUGAUGUAAUCUUCCUGGACAACAUGAUCGAAACCUAUCAGAACGCCUUGCAUACUGUCCUGGGAAAAUCGCGCUAUGACACAAAAGAGGACUUCACCGUGGUGCUGCAGCCCUUCAUGGCAAAUAUCCGGAUCCCUUCGCUGCGGGAUGGGAGCCUGGAUGCAUCCUUCUUCAUCUCAGACUGUUUCCAUCCGAGUCAGAAAUUCCACAGCCAGCUCGCCAGGGCCCUGUGGAACAAUAUGACUCAGGGAGUGGGAGACGAGGGAGCUAGCCCACCUGCUGAUGUCUAUAGAAAUGAGACGAUGGGUCCUUAG